AUGGCAAAGAAGGCCCACUUAAUGGGCGGAGCCUUCGUCUCCCUCUCUCUCUCUCUCAUUCUCUCUCCCUCCCGCGCGCCCACCUCUCCCCUCCUGUCACCGCUGCCGCAGUCGCCGCCGCCAGCCCGCCCUGCCCCCAGGACCCAGCCCCCGCCGCCGGCCAGCUCCGCCGCCAUCCAGCCCCGCCGCGGCAGGAGCCAGGCCCCAAUAGUAGCCAGGCCGCGGGCGGCCGCCCCGCCGCGCCCCGUCGCCGGACUCCUCCCCUGCGCCGCCCCACCCCGCUUCAGGACUCCUCCCCGCGGCCCCUGCGCCGCCCCACCCCGCUUCAGGACUCCUCCCCGCGGCCCCUGCGCCGCCCCGCCCCACCGGCCGACCUCGCAGGAGCAAGGUUAG